AUUCCGCAACAGAUCCAUUGGGCCCUUGUAUUAAAAGGCAAUAUCAUUCCAUUGGUUGCUAGUUCAAGCCUUCAAUCAAUCUCUUCUGGUUUCUCCUCUUCUUCUAUUGUCUUCUUCCUUAUUAUCUCCGUCACUCUCUAAGCUUCUCUUCUUGACUGCCAUGGCGGAAUCUGAACCCACUCAGACCACCGAGCCCCUGGCACAGAGGGAUGGAGGAGAAGAGCAUCUGAAAUAUCUUGAUUUUGUGCAAAACGCUGUGAUCUAUUUUGUUGUUUGUUUCUCGACUGUUUAUGGAUAUGCGAAGGAGAACGCCGGUUCGUUGAAGCCUGGUGUUCAAACCGUUGAGAACACUGUUCGAACCGUUGUCGGACCGGUUUAUGAGAAGUAUCAUGAGCUUCCUCUUGAGGCUCUCAAGUUCCUAGAUCUGAAGGUGGGGGACCUGAUGACCGAACUGAACCGGCACGUGCCAUCACUGAUGAAACAGGCUUCAAGCCAAGCCAAAUACGCGGCUCAGAAUCUUCCAGAAGUGGCUAAAGCGUUGGCAUUAGAGGCACUCAAAACGGCUACAAAUGUGGCCAAUACAUUGUACAUUAAGUACGAGCCGACCGCGAAAGAACUCUACAAAAACUACGAGCCAGUAGCUGAGAAAUACGCAGUGUCCACGUGGCGCUCGUUGAACAAACUUCCGGUGUUUCCUCAGGUGGCUCAUGUUGCGGUCCCCGCUGGUGCUUAUUUGCUUGAGAAGUACAAUUACACCGUUAGCUAUACCGCGGAGAAAGGUUAUGUGGUGGCACAGUAUUUACCGUUGGUUCCGAUUGAUAAGAUUGCAAAGGUGUUUGAAGAGGGUGAGAAGGGGUCAACGGUUAGUGAAAGUGUUGAGGUCGAGACUUAGAUGAAUUAUGUUGGUUACAGUUUACAAAUGAAGCCUAUGAUAAUGGUUUAGUUUUAAUGGUUUGUUGACUUUUUCCUUUGUGUUUUGUGUUUAGUAUGGUGGUUUUUCUAGUAUUUUUUUUUUGUAUAGUUUUGAGUGGAACUUUGUGAUUGAAUCGACUGUCUUAUCAGUUAUUGCU